AUGGGUGGUUCUGUAUCUAAAUUGAUGGGCAAGAUCUUCGGAUCAAAGGAGAUGCGUAUUCUCAUGCUGGGUCUGGAUGCGGCAGGAAAGACCACCAUUCUGUAUAAAUUGAAACUCAACCAGGACGUCACCACUAUUCCCACCGUCGGUUUCAACGUCGAGAGCGUCACCUACAAAAAUGUCAAAUUCAAUGUCUGGGACGUCGGUGGACAGGACAAGAUUCGCCCACUCUGGCGGCAUUAUUAUUCCGGCACCCAAGGUCUCAUCUUCGUCGUCGACUCGGGCGAUACUCGCCGUCUCAACGAGGCUCGUUCCGAAUUGCACAAAAUCAUCAAUGACCGUGAAAUGAAAGAUGCUUUGCUGCUGGUGUUUGCCAACAAGCAAGAUAUCGAGGGCCAUCUCAGCCCGGAAGAAAUCACCAACGCCCUACAACUCAACAAGCUCAAGGAUCGCCUCUGGUAUGUUGUGCCCAGUGUUGCCACUGAAGGCACUGGUAUCUUCGAGGGGCUGGCAUGGCUUUCCAAUAACGUGAAAACCCCGGCUCCCGCGAAAUAA